AUGUCUCAAACAGAGCUUAUCACCGAGAAUCAGAUAUCAAGAAAGACGAUGAUGGAAGUGGAAGAAGAAGAAGAAGAACAAAGCUGGAGAACCAACAAAAAGAGAAAGAUUCUUGAUGAAAAUAACACUUCUCCUUCAUUUAAAGGAUCAUCAAAUGAUCGUAUCUCACCAUUUGAAUUCAAACUUCUUCCUGUAAACAAGAAGAAUCGAUCGAAACCUCCACAAUUGCUGGACUUGAUCACCCGUUCGCCAUUGAUGCUGCCAUGGAAGCUCAAGAAAAGGAUCGACGAUAAUGGAGGCUAUAAUAUCAGAAUGAUAAUAGAGAAGAAGCUUUACAAGAGUGAUUUGUGUAAAACCAAUGAUCGCUUUUCGUUUCCAAAGAACAAGAUCUUGAUGGAAGCUGAAGAUUUUCUCAAACCUCAAGAAUCAGAGUUGUUAAUGACGAAAGAUGCAGAAACUAAGAAGCUUCAGGGCAUUCCUGUGUUGGUUUUGGAUCCAAAACUUGAAGAGUUUGACCUAGUUUUGAAAAGAUGGUCAAUGACUGGCUGUUUUACGUAUAAUCUGACUCAUCAUUGGUACGAUAUUGCGAAGUGUAAUAAUUUUCAAGUUGGUGAUGUUGUUCAAUUAUGGUCGUUUAGAAGAUUUGAUGAUCAGCUUGGAUUUGCAUUAGUCAAGCUUUAA